AGUGCGUGGCAGGAGAGGCGGAGCCAACGCCGCUCAGCCUUCUCGCGUGCUUUGAGCGCGGGUGGCAACUGCUUGCGCAAGUCAGCUAGCGUGGGAAGGGGCUUUGUGGCUGAAAUCGGCUCGUUGGUCGGUACAAAGACUCCACUGGCGUUUGUGGCUCUGCGGCCCACUCUUCUUAAAGUACAGCUAGCAACUUUACACCGACGCAGCAGACAUCUUGCUCUGGGACUGCUGCGGGCUCUGAGCACCUAGGUAGAGACAUGCCUCGCGGACGGAAGAGUAGGCGCCGCCGGAACGCAAGGGCGGCUGAAGAGAACCGCAACAAUCGCAAGAUUCAGGCCUCGGAGGCCUCUGAGACCCCGAUGGCGACCUCUGUGGUCCCCAGCACACCAGAAGACUACCUGAGCGGCCCAGAAGAAGACACGAGCACUCCCGAGGAGGCCUCCACCACCCCCGAAGAAGCCGCGAGCACUGUCCUGGUGCAAAAGCCUUCAGUUUCCCGGAGCAAUUUUCAAGGCACCAAGAAAAGUCUCCUAAUGUCCAUACUAGCCCUCAUCUUCAUCAUGGGCAACAGCGCCAAGGAGGCCCUGGUCUGGAAAGUGCUGGGGAAGUUAGGGAUGCAGCCUGGGCGGCAGCACAGCAUCUUUGGAGAUCCGAAGAAGGUCGUUACAGAAGAGUUUGUGCGCAGAGGGUAUCUGAUUUAUAAGCCAGUACCCCGCAGCAGUCCAGUGGAGUACGAGUUCUUCUGGGGUCCUCGAGCACACGUGGAAUCCAGCAAGCUGAAAGUCAUGCAUUUCGUGGCAAGAGUUCGUAACCGAUGCUCCAAAGACUGGCCAUGUAACUAUGAUUGGGAUUCCGAUGAUGAUGCAGAGGUUGAGGCUAUCCUCAAUUCAGGUGCUAGGAGUUUUUCCACUCCAUAGAAAUAUCUGAGGCAGACCCUUGGAAGUGGAAAUAAAAAAACACUCCAAGGUAGUCCAUGGAGUAGAUAGCCUGGGUCCUGAGUUCAAAAUGAUACGGAGGGUGGGGAGGGCACUGUAUUGAGUAUUUGUGAUCAGUACAAAUUUUUAACUGCAAAAUAUAGUGUUUGCUUUAGAUACUGUAAACUUGUAAUCAUUUUAUAAUACUGUUAAGGAUCACAAUAUGUUUAAAUACAUAAAUGAAGCAUUUAUGUUAUUUUUCCUGUCAUUGCUAUUUGAUAUAGCAUUGUUGCUAACCUUAUAAAAUGAAGCCCUUCAGUUAUGCUCUGUGAUAUAAAAAUUGGUAUCGUUGAAAGAGGUUCUUUUUUCAAAGAACUGGUUCGGGGUAUACUGGUUCGGGAUAACCUGUAUAAUGUGAGAGGAAGAAGAGGAUGGAGUUGUUCUCUUACACAUCUGAAAAGCUGAUCUGUGUCUGAUGUCUUGUAAAGAAACGCAUUACUUGUGAAUAUGUUCACUGCACAACGUAAUAGAAAUAAAAGCAUAGUAACUAGUA